AGGAACUUCCUCAUCCCGGUCGGACCUGCGGCUCCUGCUCGCUGUGACAGCCAUGAGGGACGGGGUGGGUGCUGGUGCCGGGGCCGGGGCUGAUCCCGGGCCGGAGCCGGCUCGGGUGUCCCGCCUGGCCCUGUGUGAGGACUACCGGAGCUGGCACCGGCAGCUGGCCGCCGAGGUGCGGCCGUGCCGCGCCGGGCCCCUGCUGCAGCAGGCGGCCCGGUUCCUGCGGGCGGAGCCGGACCUCAGCCACACCUUCACCGUGUUCCCCUUCCAGCAGGCGCUGGCCGAGCUGGCGGUGCCCCCGGGGGGCCCGCCGGGGGUCCAGCAGCAGCUGCGGGGCCUCAUCAGAGCCGCGGAGACCCUGGAGACCGUCUGCCUGCACCUGUUCCUGCAGCCCUGGAGGAAGGAGAUCCGCACGCUCAAGACUUUUACAGGUCCAUUUGUCUACUUUCUCCUGCCGGUUCUCAGCAGGGCUACUCUCCAGUCUGUCCUGGCUUCUAUCGGCUACCUGCCCCAUGAGGAGGACUCGUGUAGCGAGUACAGACUGAGCGCGGACGCUGACCCAGACGCAGCCAUGCUGGUGGGGUUUGAGCUGCUCCUGGCCCGGGUGGAGUGUAACCGUCUCCUGGAAGUCCUGGUCCAGGACCAGGGGGGACCACAAGAGUGGUUAGAGGUUCUGCAGAAAAGACAGCAGCAUCCAAAAUAUAUGGAGCAUACAGAGGAGAGGAAGCCAGUGGUGGGACAAGAGGAGGAGCAGGAGCAGAAGAAGAAAGAGUUGGAUACAAAUGAGGCGUCUCAGGUCUUGGAGAGAAGGCUUGCGGUGAAGGCCCAGCCCAAGUCUCGACACAACCCUCUCUCCAGUGUACCGGUAGACCAAUCCAUUAUGGAGAUGCAGAGGAUCUACCCCGACCUGGCCUUCAGGGGCCGCCGUCUGCUGCAGGAACAACCUCACAAAUCACCCCAAACCCUCAGCAGCAGUAAAGCUGAAUGUCAAGCUGAGCCUUCUACAAAAGUCUGUUCUAAAGGGAAUGAAGCUGCUGCUCCAGCCGUCUCCAGUCAAGACGACUGCAGCAAAUCGGAGCAGGCGUUUGGUGAUACCAGAACCAGUGGUAGGACCAGUGGUGGGACCGUUGACCUCGUAGACGCCAGCAGCAGUUCCAGUAACUCUGAGCGGAGCAGAGUUGGAGAGUUGGAGAGCGGGCCUCAGGCCAUUUCCCUGCACAUCACGCUGAGAGCUGAGCCCAAAGCAGAGCCACGGCCGAGGCCGGAGAAGCUGGAAAACCCUGUGGACCAGGCAGAGGAGCGCUCUGUUCUUUUGUGAAACCUGCCUCCAUCUCCAUCUCCUCCACCUGUGGACUGUUGUCAGAAGGCUCUGCUUACCCCCACCCCCCCCACCCCUACAAUAAAAUGUGUGCAUCUUUUCAACUGAUCUCUCUUUAUUCAAAUACCAACAAAGAUGUGUUUUUAAACAGAAUUCAUGGUAACAGUUUCUAUGAAGGCCACAUCUAUAAUGCAUCAUAAGUGCAUUAUAAUGCUUAUCAUAACCAAUCAUAAUGCAUUAUGACUACACUCAUAAACACAUAAUGCUUUAUAAAAAAUAUCCUUAACAGAGGAACGGUGGCUAAAAGCUAAAAAAUGUUAGGGUGUAGUUUUCAUGGGCCACAUGUUUGCAUUUCAGAGCUGCUAACCCAAGUGCUUAAGUUUUUAUUAUGAAAAUAAAGCUGCUGGACAAAA